GCAGCAUUGAGAGAUCCUCCCCCAACAACACCCGUCGAAGGACCCCAACCAGAUUAUAGCCGAGAGGUCUCACUCCGGAGUCUGGGUCUUUCUACAGCUAGAACCCAACUCGCAAUCCCAGAUUUUCGGAACAGCCGCUCCCUCCUUGUUUGUACGAGAAAGAAUCGACGACUCAGCUACAUACAGUACAGUCAGUACCUACCGGAUUGUUCGGUUCCUUUUGAAGGUCCCACAGUGUGUAGCGUGUUCUGAGUAGGCUGACUUCGGUGGCCACUUUGAAUCUAAGCUCGCGACAGCGAUUUAUUCGUCGACAGAUUGCGCCUGGCCCAAGCCACCCAAACAACAAAGCGAACGGACAGAGAGGGAGAGACAGAGAGAGAAAAAAAAAAGAGGGAACCCCUUGCUCGACCGUCUGCCUCAAACACGACCGAGCCACGAAAUUUACCAUCCUUAACCGAAUUUCAAACGAUUGCCGGCAUCUCCUGGACGCUGGCCGGCUUGCGAAGGAGGCUUUCAUGGCUGGCCAAAGGCCCUAGACCGGUCGAACGGAAAGAUGAACUCGCUGAACGCCAUCUCUGCAAGAAUCUCUCCACCAGCAAGCCCAGCUCCCACGCGGUCCAAUUCAAUCAGUACCAUAAGCUUCACAGUGACCUCGGCCGACGGUGACGACCAAGAACCUGGUGAUUCUGACUUGAGAGAUGCCAGGGCGCUUGCCCAGGAGAAUCCGGAGCCGUUGACAUCCAAUAUUGAUUCCGACCCCUUUAUCCUUUCGAAGCCUCAGCAACGGCGCAACGGUGCCUCCAAUACCAAAGAGCGCGACGACGUUCCAAGCGAAUCAACACCACUAUUAUCAACUGGUCCUGCCUGCACAGAGAAAGAGAUGGGCGCAAGAUCUUCUACAUGGCAUCGCAUUCCGCGACGUGUUGUCAACUCCCUCGUUGACUCGCUGCGAUGGAUUCUUACAACCUUUGUCUCAACACCAAGCUAUUACCUCAUAGCUUGGCUCUACGAUGAGAAUGGAAACUUUGAUCCUCUGUUACAGCUCAGGAGGCUAUUUGGAGGAUCCACAGGAAGCGCUCGGAAACAGUCAUUGGAUUACCUUGUCGACGGUACAACCGAUUUGGACGAGAAGAGCGGCAAUGGUGCGCUGGCUCCUGAAGGACGCCGGUUCCCGUCAGGCUCAUCAUCAUCGGGGAUAUCUUCAGAGUCAGAAUCGGAUUUCGAUCGAACGCCGGCACGCAGCGAGAAGUCACACAGCAGUAGCAGACACAACCGGUCAAAGUCACUUUCACCUUCUGAAGAGAUUGCGCCAGCGCGCCGCUCGAUAAGAAUCAAGCUGCACACCGAAGAUGCUAUGAGGCAACGGAAGCACCGAAAGACCCAGUCCACCAACAGCCCAUCCACAUCCGGAGGUUCUCCCGGAGGGGCUCGCUCCAACGACAUUUCUGCCCAGCUCAAAUCCCCUACGUCGCCUGCGGGAGCGCUCACGCGCUACCCCAAGACGCCUGCACCCCCUAGACCAUUGGUUCCGAGGCGGCAGCCAUCUUAUAUCAACAUACCCGAGAUGUCCGAUAGGAAGCACCUGAAAACGCUGAUUUUGGAUCUUGACGAAACUCUGAUUCACAGCAUGUCCAAGGGUGGGAGGAUGAGUUCGGGACACAUGGUGGAAGUACGGCUGAACACGACUUAUGUGGGCAUGGGUGGCCAGGCAUCUAUCGGUCCACAGCACCCCAUCCUUUACUACGUUCAUAAGAGGCCGCACUGUGAUCAUUUUCUCAGAAGGGUUUACAAAUGGUUUAAUCUUGUGGUCUUCACUGCAUCGGUACAGGAAUACGCAGACCCGGUCAUUGACUGGCUUGAGUCAGAGAGGAAGUUCUUCUCGGCCAGAUACUACCGCCAGCAUUGCACCUUUAGACAUGGAGCCUUUAUCAAGGAUCUUAGCUCAGUCGAGCCAGACCUUAGCAAGGUGGUUAUUUUGGACAACAGCCCGCUGAGCUAUCUGUUCCAUCAAGACAACGCCAUCCCAAUACAAGGCUGGAUCAACGACCCGACUGACAAUGACCUGUUGAAUCUCGUUCCUUUCUUGGAGGGUUUGCAGUAUGUUUCCGAUGUUCGAGCACUUCUUGCAUUGCGAGGCGGAGAGGAUGGGCAGCAUAUGGCAUGAGGGCCAGUUGAAGUAGGCAAUCUGAUCUUGCAUGCACGUGAUCGUGGGGUGUUUUGGCUUGGGUUUAUAUGUAAUUUUUUCUUCCGUGCAAAAGAAAUUCUAUUGUUACGUUUCUUGCUCUUAUAUGGUCGA